CCUCGGGGGAUUUUAUUACGUGCCUUUUUUGAUUGACGCCCCUCCUGCUUCUCUUCAGCCCGGAGGUCUCUGCCAAUUCCUCUCCACACCCGCCGGCUCUGUUGGCUGAGGAGCCAGACAGAGCGCAACGGGACGGAUUCGAGUAAGCGAAAGUCCCAGCACCAGUCCAGCGCGCAGGACUCGCUGCUGAUCGCUCGGACUCCGCGGGUACAGCAUACAGCUCUUCCCACAACCCCGGGAAAAGGCUCUGCGGGAGCAGCGCGCCCCGGCGGGGCGGGGCGGAGCAGCAGCUCAGCUACAAGGCGAAGAGAAACCAGCCGAAGUUGCAGCAAAGAGCCUCGGGAGCCAUCUGCUGCGCGCGGAGCCCGCUGCAAGGGAUUGCUCGGGGGACGCGCUUUCCCUUUGCCCCAGCACUUGUUGCUUCACCCGAGACCUAGCUCUGCGGCGGCCCUUUGAAGCCCGGGGGUGCUAACAACCUCUCCGAAUUUGCUGCCCCCCGCCCCGCCGCCGAUCCUGGUGCAGCCCGGCCGCCUCGCUGAGACGCCGUGUAAAUAUUUUUGCAGCCGUGAGACGAUUUGUAGCCUUUGAUCCAGCUGAGCGCUAAGCGGCGCCCGCAGACUUCGGGGGAAGGGGGUCAAGGGGCGCUCGGGACUGGAGCUGCGGCUGUGGCCUCUGUGUGUGUGUGUGUGUGUGCUUGGUCGCUAUUGUCUUUAACCUCGGGUCACCCUGUUUGCUCGGCCGCGUUCCCUCCCUUUGGCUGCGAGGAGAGACGUCAACUGCAGCCGCAGCAGCGUUUUGUAAAAGGGCGCCGCGCUCCUCCCUGCUAAAAGUUACCGGAUUAAUUAUUGCAAAGGCCGGUCUCCCCCUCCCCCAACUCUCCUGCCUCUCUCCAGGUCACAGAUCAAAAGAGUAAACAGCUGCCACCAGCUCCAGCAGUCGGAAGGGUCCUAUCCCGGCGGCACCUGCUAGUGCCAGGGUUUCCCUCCCCACCCCCAGCUCGCGCGUGGUGCCUGCAGCGAGCAGGGAAGGAUGGGAUUCGCUGCCCAAAGCCCGUGUUAGACCCGAGCCAGUGAGCUGGACGAGAGGGGACAGGACCGCAAAAGGCUCGUUCUCCGCCCGCCGCUUGCACGCGAUCCCAGCGCUCCCGGCGGACUGCCCCGCGGGCUCCCUCCGGGGAUGGAGGUGCAAGUUGGACUUGGCAGCGUGUAUGCCCGGCCGGCGGGCAAGACGUUCCGGGGAGCGUUUCAGAGCCUGUUCCAGAGCGUCCGCGAGGUGUUCCAGAGCCCGGGCGCCGGCCCGCCGAGAGAGGAGCCGGGCACCAGCCCCCAACCUUCCUCCUCCGCCCAGUGCCAACCCGGUGCCCGCCUGCAGCAGCAGAGCCCCCGGCAGCAGCAGCCGGGCUCCCCCGCGUACCUGGCUCUAGAGGAGCAUCCCCAGGGCCAGUGCGUCCGGACGGCCAAGGGGCUGCAGCCUGAGGACGGGGGCCCGGCUGUCACCCCCUCCUCGGCCCUGUCCCUGAUGAGCUCCGCUUUCCAGGGCUGUUCCGGGGACCUCAAGGAUAUCCUGGGCGAAGCGGGCACCCUGCAGCUCCUGCAGCCGGAGGCCCAGGCAAGGGGCAGCCGCGCCGAGGUGGCUGGGGCCAAGGAGGACUUUCUGGGGGACAGCGCCAAGGAGCUGUGCAAAGCCGUGUCCGCCUCCAUGGGCCUGGGGGUGGAGGCGCUGGAGACGCCCGGCGAGCUCCUGACCCGGGAGGAUUGCAUGUUCGCCCUGCCCGGCGGGCACUCCCGGGGCGCAGCGGGUGCCCAGCUCGGGGACUGCAAGAACCCAGCGGGGGCUGCGCUCCUGGAGGAGCCGGGCACCAACCCGGCCUCCUUUAAAGGGCACUCGGCCGCGGGCAGCGGCCCCGGGCCAGGCGAGAACGUCCUGGCCAUUGACGUGCCCCACAGCCUGUCCCUGUACAAGGGCUCCCCGGGCCUGGAGGAGCCCGCUGCUUUCCAGGGUCGCGAUUACUACAACUUCCAGCUGGCGCUCGCCCCCCACGCCCGCAUCAAGCUGGAGAACCCCCUGGACUACGGGCCCGGCAACGCCUGGGCUGCCCAGUGCAGGUACGGGGGGGACAUGGCCAGCCUGGCUCCCCAUUGCCCUGCCUCGACCCCAGCCUGGCACUCGUUUUUUGCAGAGGAGGGGCAGCUCUACGGCCCAUGUGCAGAGGCAGCUGCUGGCCCUUUCGGCUGCGGGCGAAACCAGGGGCCACCGGGGCAAGAAGUAAGCGACUUCCCAUCCGACGUGUGGUACCCAGGAGGGAUGGUGGGCAGGAUGCCCUAUGCUGCUGCCUCCGGUUGCAUCAAGAGCGAACUCACCCCUUGGAUGGAGGGCUAUGCCGGGACCUUUGGGGAAAUGCGGUUGGAGGCUGGCAGGGACCACGUUUUGCCCAUUGACUAUUACUUUCCACCGCAGAAGACUUGCCUGAUUUGCGGCGAUGAAGCUUCUGGGUGCCACUACGGAGCUCUCACCUGCGGCAGCUGCAAAGUCUUCUUCAAAAGGGCAGCUGAAGGUAAACAGAAAUACCUGUGUGCCAGCCGGAAUGACUGCACCAUCGAUAAAUUCAGAAGAAAAAACUGCCCUUCCUGUCGCCUGCGAAAGUGCUACGAAGCAGGAAUGACCCUGGGAGCCCGCAAGCUGAAGAAACUGGGCAACCUGAAGCUGCAAGAGGAUGGCGAGGGAGCCAGCUCGUCCAGCCCAACAGAUGAGCAGGCCUCCAAGAUGGUGAUGACACGCAUCGAUGGGUUUGAGUGCCAGCCCAUUUUCCUCAAUGUCCUAGAAGCCAUUGAGCCUGGUGUGGUGUGUGCAGGUCAUGACAACAACCAGCCCGACUCCUUUGCUGCUCUGCUGACCAGCCUGAAUGAGCUUGGGGAGAGGCAGCUGGUGCAUGUGGUGAAGUGGGCAAAGGCCUUGCCAGGAUUCCGUAACUUGCAUGUGGAUGACCAAAUGGCACUAAUCCAGUAUUCCUGGAUGGGUCUUAUGAUUUUCGCCAUGGGAUGGAGAUCUUUCACCAAUGUUAACUCCAGGAUGCUUUACUUUGCUCCCGACUUGGUCUUCAAUGAGUACCGAAUGCACAAAUCCAGAAUGUACAGCCAGUGUGUCAGGAUGCGACAUCUUUCUCAGGAGUUCGGAUGGCUUCAAAUCACUCCCCAGGAGUUUCUCUGCAUGAAGGCUCUACUCCUCUUCAGUAUUAUUCCGGUGGACGGUCUGAAGAAUCAGAAGUUCUUUGAUGAACUUCGAAUGAACUACAUAAAGGAACUUGAUCGUAUCAUAUCUUGCAAGAGAAAGAAUCCCACAUCCUGCUCUCGGCGCUUCUACCAGCUCACCAAGCUCCUGGACUCCGUGCAGCCUAUUGCCAGGGAGCUACAUCAAUUUACAUUUGACCUUUUAAUUAAAUCGCACAUGGUCAGUGUGGACUACCCCGAAAUGAUGGCUGAGAUCAUCUCCGUCCAGGUUCCCAAGAUCUUGUCUGGGAAAGUCAAACCUAUCUACUUCCACAUGCAGUGAUGUCCCGGAGGGAAUCUCCUUCCCCUGCCACUCCCUUUCAGCCAUCUCCUGCCUAUUCUCUCUGCACUACUGUACUGCAGUGCCUUGGGGAGUCCCCUCUAAAGAUACUGUAUGCUGUGAAGAUGUACAGUGCCAAACGACAACCUGCUGGGAUUCCUUUGAUUUCAAAUUUUUCUGGGGUACCUCUGAACUGAACUCCCCUCCACGGCUUCUGCAUAUGUCUGGAUGGCUCUGCAUCUCUAUAAAUGUUGUGGCAUGGUGACUUUGUGGCACUUGUUUACACCCUUGUGCUUGCGUAUUUUCCACAGUGACGUUUAGUGGCGCAGUGCCAUGGGAAGUUUCAGAUUGGGAGAAAUUCCGCCAUUUCUUUUCUCUUUAAAACAAAACAAGAAGUAGGUUAAACAUGCAAGUUGGGAGAGUGGGUUAUUUUUCUGACUAAGCUGGGGUAUUUUCCUUUUUAUUUGCAUCAUGUCUUCAAGAGGCAUGUGAAUUAAAAAUGCAGGAGUAGUGAGACAGGAAGGGGACAGGGAAAGAGACCAGAGCGUGGUGAAAUUAGAAAGUCUAUUUCAAAAUCAGACAGUCCUGUUGCGGAAAAAAUCCUUGUUAUCGUCUGCUCUGGUCAUGCCCGCAGACCCAAAUACCACACCGCUCCAGCUAUACUCACAGACCCAUAUACCGGGCCACUCUGGCCGUACAUGCUGACCCAUAUGCCAAACUGCUUUGGGCAAGCACCCAGACCCAUGCACCCAUGUGCAUUCAGCAGCUUAGAGCAGCAUUAAGUAUUUACUCACCGAAGAAAUGCCCAAUUCACAAGAGUAUUUGGAUUGUUGUCAUGUCAGUAAAGAGGGCUGGUGAGGAUUAUGACCUUUGGAACCCCUGAAGAUUGCAGAGGGCUAACUUCCAUCCAGGACAUUUUUCCUGUGGACUGUGAGCCAAACUGGAUCUAAGUCUGUGCAAAGACUGUCCAGUGACCUAGUGAUCACAUUCCAGUUUUGAACAUUAUUUUUCCUCCACACCAGCAAACAAAGAAAUUACCCACUGGCAUCCAUCUCUCACCUGUGCACCACGAGUGCCUGAAGUCUCCUCUCACCUCUGCCUCUAGCCUGCUCCCCUUGGAUGUCCGAGGUCUUCACUUGUCUCUGUCCGUCACCAUGAGUGUCUGAAGAUCUAGAUUAUCCAGUGGUGCUUCUCAUUUGCCCUUUACCCGACCGUUUUGCAGAUUCUUUCAGAAGCCAACAUAGAAAAGAAUCCCAGAAGCAAAGUGGUGAGAACUUUGACUCUUUGGGCUCUGUGAGGCCCAGUAACUUUGGGAUUAUCCCGCUCUUUUGGAAACAGUUGUACAUGGCCUGAGAUCAGAGGCGUUGCACGUGGGGGAGAAUGCGAGGUCACGUGCCCCACCCCCAGAUUUGCUGUUUGACUUAUAUUGAGCAUGCUCACAUGGACUGAGCAUGCUCAGUAACACUGCUGAAGCCGCCUGCCCUCACUCUGCCCCCCCACUAUUGGCAGGCAUGGGUCGUCUCUGCCUGAGAUUCCCAGCUAUUUCAGGGAAUGGUAAAGAAAGCAUUUAAGAGGCCUGUUCUCUUACUUAGGGGUUCCCAUGGCUCCCAUUAAUGUUAGUAGUUGAUCUCCACCAAGGAAAGAAUACACCCCCUUUCAAUGUCCCUAAAAUUCCUACAUUUUAAAAUUAGAACCCAAACAAAGCCCAGAGCUAAACCCCAUGGAGAUGACAGUGUGUCGUCAGACUGCAGCACACUCAGUGAGAUGCCAGCUGGAGAACUCUGCCUAACACACACGUCAUUCAAAAUGAGAACAAUCAAAGGUUUGCCAUCUUUGUUUAUUGGCAACUUUCAGGGUCAAUAUAUCAGAGAGGAAUGUGUAUUUCUUCAAGGCAGAUUAAUGUUGGCUUGAAUCAUCCCCCUGGCAUUCCUAAGGACACAUUGGCCCACCUAGGAAUUUUAUUCAGAUUUGUUUUUUUCUGAGGUUGUACUGCACAUGCAGGAUCUGACCCUUCGUCCCCUGGUGGCUUUGAGUUCCCUCCUGAGCCCUUCCCCUCAUCUCGUGAGCCCAUCACAGCAACAAGAGCCCUGUUGGCAGGACUGGCUUAUGAACCAGAUUUUUGAAGAGGUGGAUCUGAGUUCAUCUCAUGUAAUAUGGCAUACCACUAUGCCUGUGUGAUAACAGCAGAUUAAAUUUGCCAUAAGCCUCCUUUAUACACUAGAAGAGCCAGAGGUUUAAGCCUGUGGAUCCCCACCAGUUUUACUCUCCUCAAGUGUGUGGGCCUUUUCCAGCCUAACACCCUUCCCAACUCCUCCUUCCUCAUGCAAAAGAAUUGUGGCAAUUCUGCUGCUACUGAGGCCUUUCGUGGGUUGGGGGCGGCCAUCAGCCUUAGAGUGAAACAGCAGCUUGUCGAGCUUCAUGGUGCUGCACCUGGGGUUCUGUGCAGAGUGCUUGUCGGCACAGAAAGUGACCACACAGUUUCCCUGGUACUUUUCAAUCAUACUGUAAAAAAAAAAAAAAAAAACCCUUUUCAACAGUUGUGAAUGAGUUUUCAUCCCCUACGGGGCGUGGCUCUGAUCACAGCGUUCCUGUGCUCCUCCUUGUGAGUGAUAGAAUAGUAAUAAGCUCUUUUUGAUAUCAGCCAGUUGUUACUGUGGUAUUAUUAAUAUCUUUUUCUCUUUAAAGGCUUAUAAAAAUACUGAAAUUUUAGUGUGAUUGAAAGCAGCUGGUGCAAGGCUCCACGGACUUUGAAAAUAUACCAGGUUAAAAAGUUCAGAUUACACCAAAGCUUGCUUCUUUGCAUUGUGGUUUUUCAGUUAGUUAACAGAUUAAUACAAUGACCGGCUGGCUUGGCACAGCACAACUCACUCUAUAAUGAAAUGGAGGAUGUCUGGAGUAUGCAGGAAGGCAUGUAUUUUGCAUUUGCUUAAGUCCGUGCAAGGGUUUCACCUUUGUAUACUUAGGGAGUUGGGUUGCUUGGUACCAUUCUAGAAUGUCAGUGGCAGACUGGCCAGAAAUCUAAAGUAAAUGUACUGCUUGCCUACAAACACUCCUGUUUGAUGGACAGAACCACGUAGUGAACAAGCGAGAGGGAGGCCGCGGGCUGUGACAGGCACUAUACACACAAGUUGCACACAUUCUGUAGAUGUUAUGAAGUGUGAAUCUUUUAGGAAAAGAGCGUGUGGCUCACUUGAAGUACAUGCCAUCCAUCCAAUACUGUACAUCACAACUAAGUUGCCUUUACUGUCCGGCCUGCACCAGUAGUUUCUGUGCCAGACCAGCCGUAAUGGGAAGUGAGGUUUUUCUUUGGAAGCUGUUCAAUAUCACUUCUUGUUUAAUUUGAAAGCUGGCUUUGUACGACGUUGUUAGAGGAAUUACUGAAGGAUCCGGUCGCAAUAGCUAGGAUCAGUGACACGUUUAUUGGUCUGUGUAUUCAUUGGGGUUUUUAAACACUGUCGUCUUCAGUUUACUUUCAGUGGCUGCUGCAGAAUGGAAAAAGGCUUGAGAAAUGCCAAAGCGCUGACUGCGAAGUUCUUCUGUACUUUGUUUUUUAUUUUCCAUUUUUAUUUCUACGUUUGCUUAAAUAAAACAAAGAGAACCCCACAACCCACACGAUAAUGUAGAAAUUGUCCUUACUACUACUACACAGUCUGCUUAGCUUUUUUGUUUAAUGUUGCUCCAGGAACUCAUGAAGCUAUUUGCUUACUUGGCAGUGCUUUCCAGAACACGGGUGCAAAUAGCUUGCAAGUACCCCUCCAAUUACAUAGGGCUAAAUUCUUCCUUUACAUACAAGAGUUCAAUUUCUCCUGGAGUUACAGGCAUGGGGAGGCAGAAUUCUUAACUUAGCAAAGGCCUGGUAACUCCACCCUCCUGCAUAUUACUAGGGAGUUUCAUGCAGUGAGAGUAAAAGCCAUGUAACCUGCAGUCUGGUUGGGGAAAAAGAAGAAUGGAUGGGGAGUUCAGUGUUCAAUAUUGAUCUAACUCCACUCCCAUUGAAAUCAAUGGGAGUUUUACUAUUGACUUCAAAAGGAACAAGAGUUAGGCCAAUGCUAAAAUGCAUUUGAAGAUCCCACCCAAUAUGUAUUUGCUUUGAGCCAUAUUUGGAGGGUCUAACUCACAUUAUACUUAGUGCUUACUCAGGGAAGACUCCCACUGAGUGUGCCUGGGUAAGGGCUGACUGGAUUCUCCUCUCAUUUAUGCUAGUGUAAGCCAAGAAUACAAUGCCUAACAAACAUUGACGUCAAUGGAGUUGUCCCAGUUAAGACACAGGUGAAUCAGGCCCCAGGAGCUGGAUCUCAGGAUUAGUCCCCUCCUUACUACACACUGUAGGAACUCUCUGGUCAAUCACCCUUAUGAUGAAGUGGCAUUUCCCCAGGGAGAGCUCUGCCACUGCGGGUAUGUCUACACUUUAUGCAGGGGCGUGAAUCCCAGCUCAAGGAGACAUCCUUGCUCUAGCUCUCAUCAAGCCAAAGGCCUACAUGCUGGAACGCUACCUCCCCACCCCCAAGUCCUACCUCCCCUCCACACCGCACCUGGCUUUUUUGACUAAAGAGGGUAUUUGUCCCGUUUGCUCUUGCCAACUGAUCAAAGCAGCAAGAGCGAACAGGACAAAUGCAUCCUUUAGAAAAAAAAAAGUCGGGAUGGCCGGGACAGGGCUUAAAAAAGGGACUGUCCCAGCCAAAAUGGGACGUAUGGUCACCCUAGUUAGCCACCUGGAUACAUGCCUAUUUGAGAUCCGAGGAAUGUAGUCAGAGUGGCUAGCCCAUUCUGCCACGGCUAUCCUCUGUUUUAGCACACUAGUGUGAGUAUGUCUCCUCACACUGGGAAUCACACCCCAGAUCUAAGGUUAGACGUACCCUAAAAUGAUAUUAGUUUUAUAAGUAGGUAGGCUCCAUGAUCCAUAUGUAAAUGAAGGUGACUUACGUGGUAUUUAUCGCCAGUGAUGUCAAGUGUUACCUGCCUCCUAGCAGAAUAGGAGUGACCCUUCACCACUGCAGGAGCUCUGAACUGAUCUAUUACACACCCAGCACCUUGUAGCAGAUGUCUCCCCAGCCCUUUGUCACAUGCAGCUGCAGCUUCCAAUGUUGUUGUCUCCCUUAAUGUUUAAAACGGAAAAGAACAAGAGAUAUAUCAUUUUAUAUUACCAAAGAUUUCUAUAUAAAGUAAUGACUUAAAAGGCAUUUUUCACAAAGUACACACUAAGAGAGAUUAAAUAUCCUUCAGAAAAUGGGUCCUUAAGUGUGUGCCUGUGUUAGUAGAAGCUUUUAUGUACUCUUUUUUUCUGGUACUAUUGACCAGGUUUUGAAAGGUCCAUCUUUGCAUUGUGCAAAUGGAGUAUAUACUGGCAUGCUAUAGUCUGGCGCCAGUAUUAGUUUGCUGAGGAGCUGUAUAUUUCAGGGACAAUAUUUGCACUGGAAGGACAGCAGAGAGAAACCCAUGUUGCUCCCCCCUUUGACAGCACAAAACUUCUCUUCAAGCUAAGGCAGAGAGUUGAAAUGUGUUGUAAACUGGCAUUUGUUUAGUAAUCAUAUUUCAAAGUAGAUCUAUAGCGUGAGAGAAAUAUGUGCCUAGAACUGUUCUUGUAGACCGGUCUCUGCACCUUCACGUUUUGGUUCCAUUUAAGAACUGUUAUUACCUGUGGGAAGCAAAUUGGUAAUUGCACCUUGAGCUUAUGUGAGAACUGGGCUGGCUCCAUUGGCCUCAUGCUCUCACCUAGGAAGCAGUGACCUUGGCAUGCUAUCUGCAGGCCACAGGGCGAGAGGUUGUGGAACCUUCCAAAGUGUGGGGAUGUGGGUGGCCUUUGGAGACAGUGCGCUAUGUCAUGUCCUACAUUUUACUAACCCACAGCUGAGGCACAUGCAGAUUAUUGCUGCAAACUCUUUGGACGCUAGCUUCCCAGUUGCAGGGUGUCUCAUUUUUAGUUGCAUUUACUGUGGAGGACUAAUUGACAUCUGGAAAGGGGGCCUUAAAAUCCAAAUCCCCCCCAAUCAGCCUAGCUCCAUCUGUGCACUAGUCACUGCCUUGGGGAAGUGAGGAGGAACCUCCCUUUUAAAGGGACUGCGGAGAGCCUGGAUUUAGAUGCCUAGGACCCGUAGCUGUAUCAUGCACAGAACCACAGGAACCGUAUGCUGAGUGGCUCUCCUUGCUGGCUGUUUUGUGUUAAAACACUGGGUUUGGGAGGUGGUCUGGAAAGUUGAUGGCAAAUUAAUUUUUUUUUUGUUAACAUGUCUGUAAUUAAAAGUGCUGUAUAUAGAUAUAUUUUUCUUUUGUAAUAAGGUUAACAGCUCAUUGCUGGGGCGGUCUCCCACCCCACAGCUAUUUGUGUGAAAGCUAGAAAGAAUGUCAUUAUGGUCACUCAUCUUACUACAUCUGAAUCAGAUCACGAGGCAAACAGCUAUAGUUCAGUGGGGCUCCCGAAAGGAAAAGCGUGGCAGCCCACAGAUUGAUCAGACGUGUUUUUCCGGUAGAAUAAUGCAGCUAGUUCACUAGAUCUGUUUCUACAUUAUGUGAUUCAAAAGUGAUAGCUAGGCUUUGGGCAUUUGAGGCAUAUCAUUCAAGCAGCCCUCUGCCCAGUCACAGUAUGGCCCUUCUACUGUUUUUGUUAACGCUUUCUUGUCCUUGCAAGGUUUGCAAUCAUGUAAAAUGUAUAAUCGUCUUUAAUUACAUAUGCAGAAUUGUGGCUUUCUUUCAGACAAUCCGCUUUAAAAAAAGGUAUCCUAGUGCCCCAAAACUGACAGCUACUAAGAGCUAAAUUCUGUUCCUGUGGAAGCCAAGUGGGAAUGUUGCCAUUAAUAUCAAUGGAGCCAAGAUUUGGCCCUAAAUGUAUUAAUAAGGAAAACUGAGACCCACAAUGUUAACUGUCAUUGAGGCUUAACAUUAACUGACAUCCGGCUGCUUCAGUCCACAAAGAUGUGGCUGAAAAUGCCUCCCCAACAGGGAUCAGUAAGUAAGAAAUACCAUGCUAGUGUGAACUUCAUUUGUUUUUGCUUGUAAUGAAUCAGAAAGAAGCAUUUCUGCUACUAAGGAAAAAACAACAAACUGACCCUAGGACAGGAGGAAAUAAAAACAGAAACAUUCAUUUUGCUUUUGACAACUUUAGUCCAUGCUUGGUUCAGUGUGUGCACCCAGCCAAUGCUAGACAGCAGGACCUACUUCAUGCAGUAGCAUUCAGCUCUCCUUUUGUAACCUUGGAAUCUAUUGUUGCUCUGAGUUUAAUAAAAGGCAGAACCUUGUUUGUUGGAAAAUCAGUGCAUGUGUGUGUUUGUCAUUUGUUUAUUUCAGACAUGAGUUUGGAAAAUGUCAUCCAGUAAGAAAAAUAUUUGCUAGUGGGCCUGCCAAAGUAAGUAAAUAAAUAAAUGAAUAAUUGGCCCAUUUCCUAGUGUCAAAGUUGUAUGCUUGGGUUAUUUGUAACAAAAGCUGACUGUGGAAAAUUGUCAGUCCCUUAUCUUGAUUGUUAAUUCAUUUAUACAUAAAAUAAUUAAACUUUUCAUCUCA